AGUUGAAGUGCUCUUCUUUCUGAAGUUUAGAGAGCACUUCCGGUAACAACAACAACAACAACAAGUGUCUGACUAACAUUUAAGCAGAUUUAAUAAUGUUUGAUAACAUAGAUGACAGAUUGAAGUUUUUGUUGGGCCUCACAGCAGCUGCAACUGCAAAAUAUUUGGCAGUGUAUUGGCUUCGUAGAAAGAGACAAGACAGAUUUGAGCUGGUUGGAACAGUUAAAGAAUUAAUCUGCUAUCCUGUGAAGUCAUGUAAAGGUGUAUAUGUCGAUGAAGCAGAAUGCUCCAAAUUUGGCCUCAAAGUGGAGGGAAUAACAGACAGGCAUUUCAUGGUAACAAGAGACAAUGGGCGUUUCUUGUCACAGAGGCAGGAGCCUACAAUGGCAUUGAUUUCAGUAAAAGUUAUGGGGACGGAGAUUGAACUAAGUGCGCCAGGAAUGGUACCUCUAAAAUUGAGUUCAAACAUUCAGAAGACAAGAUACAAUUUAUCCAAAGUGGCAGUUUGGGACUGUAACACACAAGGUUUAGACUGUGGGGAUGCAGCUGGACAAUGGAUUUCUAAAUACCUGGGAAAACCAGGCUGUAGAAUUGUGUUUUGUUCUCCUGACCUGGAGAGAAGAAAAUUUAUAAAUGAAACAAAGCCAUGGUUUACAAGGACACUUGAAACAGACUAUUCAGGGUAUGCGGACUGGGCGACCUAUCUAUUCCUGACCACUGCAUCGCUAGAAGCUCUUAACAAACAACUGAAGAAACCUCUAACUAUGAAAAGUUUCCGUCCAAACAUUGUUAUUGACGGUACAGAUGCAUUUGAAGAGGACACCUGGGAAGAAAUUUUGAUUGGAGAAGAUGUACAAAUGAGAUGUCUGGAUGCCUGUUCAAGAUGUUUGUUGACUACAGUUGAUCCAGAGAAAGGUGUUAAAAGUGAGGAUGGUGAGCCUUUGAAAACAUUGCAAAGGAUACGCGGAUCAGUGCCCCCAUAUGACAAAUACAACGAGUGUGUGUUCGGUAUCAACGCGGCACCAGAUGUGUGCGGUACAGUUCAAGUUGGCGAUCCAGUGUAUGCAAUCAGAAAGAUUAAAUAGUGUAUUAGAAUACAGUUAACUCUAGAAUACAGUUGAUUCUGUACAAUAUUAGGGCAAUAUUUUAAAGCUUACAGGAUAUAUUAUUCUGUAAAUUAUUGUGUAAAUAUUUUCUUCUUUUAAUACGUUAUAAAAUUUAAUUGGAAAAUGUUCAUACUUUUGCUUUAGUUGAUAGAUUAUGAUCAUUUUUUGUUUAUCUGUCUGUUUGUACCGAUGAUAAUGUCUGUUUGUACAGACAACUUUUACUCUUUCAAAUAAUGUCUUCAUUUUAAUGGCCUCCAAAGAACCUUCAUACUUGGAUACAUUUAUGCCACUGAAUGAGAAUUGUUAUGAUGUAUUGAUACAUGACCUUUGAUAUUUAACCUUCAACUCCUAAAUGACCUUGACAUUUAUGGUAAAAUUUUCAAACGUUCAGGGAAUUUCACUAGACCUUUGUUAAACAUUAGUCAAUUUAGGUCAGGGGAGCAUUUGUGUUUACAAACAAAACUUGUUUCUGUUUGCUGACUUUUAGAAUCUUAUCUUAAUGAAUUGUAUUAUUAGAAAUGGCAUUUAAGAGGGCAUUUAUCAAAACUGGUGAUUAUAUUAUCCAAGUUAACAACCUUUUCAAAAAUUUCCUACAUUACAGCAAGCUAUACUAUUAUACAUAUUCUUAACAGUAAGCCAUAAUAUUGUACAUGUACAACAUAAGUAACAAUAUCACACAUUUAUAAUUCUUAAAUAAAACAUAUUGAAAGACAGAUUUAUAAAUAGUGACAAGAAAAAUCAACUAAAAUUACAGUAUGAAAUUUAACAUUUAAAACAUGUUAAUAACUUAAAUGAUAAGGAAUACUUAUA